AUGUCUUCUUCCAGAGUCAUUCUUGCCGGAGAUGCUCCCUAUGAUCUGGUGCUAUACCCACAGAAAUCAGCACUCGGACAGCGCAGUCUUCAGAUCGACAAGUCGAGGCAGCGCAUGGAGUGGUUAUGGGGAGGAAUACAAUUGAUUUCGGACCUUUUACAAGCAGCGCAGCCUAAAUUGGAAAUAUGUUGCCCUUCCGUUAAGCAGCACGUUAUGGGCUCUGCGACAGAUUCUUCCGCUCGGCAUCUCCUUCAAUUGAGUAUCUAUGACAAUCGUUUGCACUCUAGGAGUACGUCUUCGGUCUCUUAUAGCGUGGAGAAUAUCACCACACUCGAGAGAGAAGGGGAGUGGUACUCGCCCACGGACGCCAACGGUACGUCUGGAACAACGAUAUUGGUACUGGAGGAUAAAGAAGACGGUAUUAUCGACAAUGAUGAUGCGAUCGACUUCUUUCUGCAAGCUCGACCUGACUUUGUCGUCUACCAUAUGAGCCAUCCACUCGGUUCAGGGAAGCUCUGGGACGUGGUUCGCCUCGGACCUUUUAGGCGUGAUACCGGAAAGAAAGAUCCAACCAAGCUUGUUGUGGUGAUCUCUGCUGAUGACCUGCGUGGCGAAGGUGUGGAACUAUCCAAGGGUCUAUCCUGGGAAAAGACAUGCGAGGAUUUUGUAUUGAAUCUGAACCCCAACGGCAAGCUAGCCACCCUUGCGACUUGUGCCCAUCUUGUUGUUCUCUUUGGGUGCGACGGAGUGAUCUAUCGCCAGGGUCAAGGGGACGAGAAACAAAGCUUGUUCUUUGAUCCAUCCCGAACCGAGGGUGAUUAUGUCAAAGGAAGAUGGGUGCCAGGCAUGACCGAGGCGUUUAUCGCAGGGGUGACAUCCCAUUUGGCUCAACAGCCACAUCCGGGCCUGGAUAAAGGCAUAGUCUCAGGUCUUCAAGCUGCCAGAUGCUUGGUGACCGAAGGAAUCCACAGCCAAGGCACGAAGGCAUGUCCUACUCAUCCGGUUCAGUUGGUGAUGGAGGAUAUCGGACCCAAAGAUCUCCUGUAUAUCACGGUACCUUCGGAAGACAUCUGUGGCGGGGCUAAUCCGGACUGGAGUAUACUUGCAAGUCUCCCAGAAAGCGAUGUAAUUGAAAUUGCUCGUGACAUCGUACGGGAAGGGCCGUCUGCUGGUCUCCGUCAAGUACCCAUGGCAAAUUUUGAUCGACUGUUCGUUUAUGACCGGAAGGAGAUGGAACAAUUUCGAUCUGUUUAUGGUACCAUCAAAGCGUAUACCGCCAGAGAAUCCACGAGCCCGCUCAACAUCGCGCUUUUUGGCCCAGGAGGCAGUGGUAAGAGCUUUGCCGCGAUGGAGGUUGCGGCCACAGCAUGUUAUCCUCAUAAAACCGCACGUUUGCACUUCAAACUGACUGAAUUUGUGCAACUCGACGUCUUAUUGAAUGCACUUAAUUCCAUUCGCAAUUCCACACUAGCGGGACAUUUAACACUCGCAUACUUCGAAGGAUUUGACAACAGUCUAUCGGAUAAACCUCUGGGAUGGCUUUCCUACCUAUCUCGCUGUCGGGCCGUAUUUCUUCUCGGAUCAGGCCAUGCUGCAACAUUCGACGAGUUUGAACAACGUUUGCAGUCACUGGCAAUAUCCGGGAAAUCAACAGCGAACUACUCAGACUUCAUCUCUUCUAUUUACGAUACAGUGGAUAUACGAGGACCAGACCGCUGCCAUUCGUUCGACACAAUGUUCCCAGUUCGGCGGGCUGUAAUUUUGCGGGAUAUGCUCGAUGAGAUAGCACCAUCUUUGAAGGUUGGAAACCGCUUCCCCAUUGAGGACGACGUUCUGCAUGGCCUACUUCUCGUUCCCAAACUGCGCCAUGGGACGAGAUCACUACGCUCCUUGUUAGAGAUGUGUAGAUUCAGCUCGCGACCGACAUUUGAUCGGAUGGUUCUCCCUCCACCGUUUCAACUCAGGUUGCACAUUGACUAUGAUGAGUUCAAAGAAUCUAUGGAUUCCCGGAAAAGCCAGAAAGCAGGGUGGAAAGUACACACGCCCCUCCAGUUACAGGAUCUAGAUUCCGAUGCAGCCGAGCAUUUUAUUCAAAAGGAUUGCAAGCGAGACCUGCGUAUAAACUGGGACGGGGAUUGCCUCCGGUGUCUGGUCGUUGAUCUCGAACCUCAAGAGCGGGUAGCAAUCAAAGAUCCAGUCUUGCAAACUGCGCUCCGAAAAGGAUGGAUUCCAGCGGAGUUUGUUCGUCUCCUGGGGAGUGGGAAUGCGAGUACAUCGCUCCUGUGGACGGCUGACCGACGAAGUCUUUUUCUACAAUUACCCAAAGAUGGCAAUGGUUUGGUCACGAUGAUUCUCACAUGCCUACCAUCCGUGAGACCAAAUGCAAGAUGUCAACCCCAAACCGACUGGGCCUGUAUCCUCCUGUCUUCCAAUGGUGUCGACAUCGAGAGCCUACUCGCUAAAGACCCCUUCCCGAAUGAUUAUACGAGAAUGCCGGCAGACUUUAUGAUUCUCCCCGUGAGCUUGUUUCGAUGGCGGGUGGAACUGCUCGUCGAAGAAUUGGAGAACCUCACCCGGAAUGUGGUGAAUGAGGAGGAACAGCUGAUAUCGGCAAUUGAGCUGUCUGAGCUUGACUCGAUUCGGAAGAGCAUAUUCGAGCUUGGAAAGGUGCAAUUGCGAUUACGGAGAAAAUGGGUCUGUACGCUGGAGGUCGCGACGACGCUCUCGCAGUAUUUCGACGCUAUUGAACGGCGAUACGGAGAGGAAGAAGUUGCACCGCGGUAUUCCGAGAUUCUUAGACAGAGAGUUCGAAUGGAUGCACAGCUUUGUGGGUCAUUGGAGUAUGACUUGCAGAUCAUACCAUCGAAAAUCGAUUCCCAGCGCCAGAUGAUCGACAGUAGAUUCCACAUGAUGAUUGCUCAAAGCUCUGCCAAAACCGCAGAGGAAUCCCAAAAAGACAGCUCGUCCAUGAAGACCAUGUCGAUCAUGACACUAAUAUUCUUGCCGGGGACCUCAAUUGCGUCUAUUUUCAGCAUGGGAGUCUUUAACUGGGACGCCAAGGAUGUUAGACACGUUGGCAAUCAGUACUUAUGGCUUUAUUUUGCGAUUGCUAUUCCUUUGACCAUUGUAGUGUUGUUGACUUGGUACUCAUGGGUCAAGUUGAGGCAAAGGAGGAAGGAAGCGAAGAAAAGUGAAAAGGAUAAGUGUUAA